CACUACUCUAUAUAUUCAAAACCACUUCGCAAUAAAAACCCCUCCAUUUUCCACCUUGCCCUGCAGAGACAUACUUUCCCUUUUUCUUCAAAUGGCUCCCAAGGGAGAUAACGUUGUUGUUCCUAACAUGAAGCUCGAGAAUCUUCUCAGCAUGAAAGGAGGCAAAGGAGCAUCUAGCUAUGCCAACAAUUCCCAAGCCCAGGCAAGACACGCUCGAUCCAUGUUUCAUCUUCUUAAAGAAACCCUAGACGGCGUCCAACUAAGCUCCCCUGAGGAACCCUUUGUGGUUGUGGACCUCGGAUGCUCCAGUGGCACCAACACCAUCUUCAUGGUAGAUGCCAUUAUCAAACACAUGACCAAGCGCUACGAGGUUUCUGGUCACGAGCAGCCGGAGUUCUCAGCCUUCUUCUCCGACCUCCCCAGCAAUGACUUCAACACCCUUUUCCAGCUCCUCCCUCCUUUGACCAACAUCGACGGUGGAAGUAUGGAGGAGUGUCUUGCUGCUGAUAACCAUCGCUCUUACUUCGCUGCCGGAGUUCCAGGUUCCUUUUACCGGAGACUUUUUCCGGCUAGGUCCAUCAACCUCUUCCACUCUGCCUUUUCCUUGCAUUGGCUCUCCCAGGUGCCAGAGAGUGUGCUAGACAAAACAUCAGCAGCAUAUAACGAGGGAAGGGUAUUUAUCCAUGGUGCCAAUGAGAAAACAACAAAUGCGUACAAGAAACAAUUCAAAUCAGACUUAUCAAGCUUUCUCAGAUCAAGAUCCAAGGAGAUGAAGAAAGGCGGGUCCAUGUUUCUUGUCUGCUUAGGGAGGACCUCACAGGACCCCACAGACCAAGGUGGGGCAGGUCUCCUUUUUGGGACCCAUUUUCAGGAUGCUUGGGAUGAUCUUGUCCAAGAGGGCUUCAUAAGCAGAGAAAAACGUGACAGUUUCAAUAUUCCAGUGUAUGCUUCAAGUUUACAAGAUUUUAGACAAGUAAUAGAAGCAGAAGGUUCAUUUGGGAUAAAUAAGCUUGAGCUUUUCAAAGGAGGAAGCCCACUGGUAGUGAACCAGCCUGAUGAUGCAGCAGAGGUGGGUCGAGCUCUAGCCAAUAGCUGCAGAAGUGUUGCUGGGGUCCUAGUUGAUGCCCACAUUGGGGACCAGCUGAGUGAGGAACUCUUUUUAAGAGUGGAACGCAGAGCAGCAAACCAUGCCAAAGAGACACUUGAGCAACUCCAAUUCUUCCACAUAGUUGCUUCUUUGUCUUUUACUUAAGAGAUUACCUAGAGUACAAAACAAAACAAAAGGGAUUCAAAUAAAGAUGCUGAAAAAAUCUGCCUCUUUACUUGAUCUCUUUUACCCCUCCUUUUCUUUUCCUCUUUUUUGUGUGUUAUUUCCACUACAUAGAAAAAAGAAAGAAAAAGAAGAAUCCAACAUACAAAGAGAGCGGAAAAAAAAAAAAAAAAAAGAUGGGCUAGCUUUUUACUCCUCUGUCUCUUCUCCUUUUUUCCUCUUCUUUUUGUGUGUGUUUCUGAACGUGUUGUUACUGACUGUGUACUUACCUUUAGUAUCGAUGGGCUUUGUGACUUUGUGUUCCCUUGAAUGCAAGCUAAAUAAAUAAAGCUAGUAAAAAUCCCAGUUCAUUUUUGCUUC